UCUGCUGCGGCCGGGGGCCCGGGGAGGCCACUUGGAGCUGCACCUGGGGCCGGGCACCCUCUGGCCUCUGUGCCUGCGGUGAUGUCACAGGGGCUACCUAGCAACAGGGCCAGUGCCUGUGGGCAGCUCCCUGCCGGGCAGAAGCCAUGUGCUCUGGCUGAGGGCCCCUCGGGAGCGCCACCCCACUCUGCUGUGACCAGAAGGCGGGGAGGAUGGACAAGGACGGCACGGCCACCCACCGAAGGCACCGGCCUGGCCCCGGCGCCCCUCCCUCGGGCGUGGGCCCUGCACACCUCAAGGCGGCCAGCGAGGUGCAGCGGAGCCGAAGUGUGGGCGGCCUGCUCCAGAAGGGGGACCCGCCAAGCUGCAUCAAGAGGCUGUGCAAGGAGCCAGAGUCCGAAGACCCGGGGAAGGACGUCAGGAGCGAAGCAGAAGACGCCAGCUGCCAGGCCAGCCUGGAGGACAAGCAGGACGGGGGCCAGGAUGCCCGUGGGCAGGCGCCGGAGGACGCGAAGGUGGAGGAGGCCAGCACCCGCCGUGAGCAGCCAGCUGGAGGGGAGGACGGGGACGAGUGCACCCCAGAGGACAAGGAGCAGGAGCCUGAGUCCAUCAAGCUAGAUGACCUUCUGGAGAAGGAGAAACCAUCUGUGUUUGUGGAGAUUGACCUUGGAGACCGUGCUGAGGAGGUGGUCACGUGCAUCACGAAAGAAGAGAAGCGGUCCCAGAAGGACAUGGGGGAUGUGUCAGAGGACGAGUCCAGGACCAGCUGGGUGUGCUGUAUCCCGUACUCCACCAGAAAGAAGGUGAAGCAGAGUGCGCAGCCUGGAGAAGUAACUGGGCCUCCACUUGGCUCCUGGGCCAGCUGCCAGGGAGGGGUGAGGACGCAGACAGCUGUCCUGAGACACCGGAGGAGCCUGCUUCAGAGGCGCCAUGACCGCUCCAACAGGAUGCUCCGCCCCUGGGAAGCGACGAGGCCAUCUUCGAAACACGCAAUAAAAAGUGAACGAAAGGGCGGGGCUUGGCAGCCCGCCUCCGGCCACGUGUCUGACUCAGCCCGAGACGGAGGACACAGCAUCACAGCGCCUCCUGAGGACGGCCCACGGCCUCCACCAGUAGGCACAGCCUCCCAAGCAAGUGUCCCCUCGUCCUUGCCCCUGAGUGGCAGCUCCCUGUCCUGGCACCUAGCCACCAAGAUGGCCAUUGAGAGAAGCUUCCGGAGAAUCGGCCAGAGGAGGCCACAGGCCAGGAGUGUGACUGGUCCCCAGCCGAGAGACCCCUACCUGGGGAGCUGGGCCACAGCCGGCAGAGACGACACCGUGACCCGGACCUGCAGGGUACGAAGAGCUGACAGCCUCGCCAAGAGCGAGCCCUAA